AUGCCUGAAUCUUGCCCCCUUGACGCCCUCCUUCAGGGUAGCAAUGAAAUCAACAUUGCAGAUGAGAUUUCUCGCCGUGACCUGAUGAAAGCGUUGAAAGCUAAAUACCCAGAGAAAUAUCGAGAUGUUCUGGAAACAUACGAUCCAAACCAACAACAUUUGUUGACUAGAUUUGUCGCUGGCCAAGCGCUAGAGGACUUAGCCAGAGAGAUACCACUCAAUUUACCAACUUCCGUCGGAUACUCUCAAACCAUAGGAAAGCCGCUUUCUGCGACCCCUGUUAAAUAUGGCGCUGAACAUGGCGAUGAAUAUGAGUCUGUCGACCUCGGCCUCUACAAUGACGCCGAUAAGAAAAAUCCAGUUUUGGCUUACUUGCAUGUGGUCUUUUCAAACUGGGGUAAUACAGUGACCAAUACCCCAUUGUACACUUGCAUCCCCGAUACUGUCUACGGUGUUCGACAGAUUGUAAGCUAUGCGAAGGCAAAUGGCUAUGGAGUUCGUGUAUCUGGAUACCGUCACUCAUGGUCCUCAAUCUUUGGGCCAGACAAAUCCCAGGACAGGCAGUUCAUUCUCAUCUCCACACUACAGCUUGACCGCGCAAUUCUCGGCAAAGACAAGAAUGAAGAGGCUUCUGGAAAAUAUGCCGAUUAUAAAGUUGAGCUCAACGAGAUUAAAGAGCCAGACAGUACCGACAGCGGCAUCCAAGCUGAUCAGCACCUUGUUAGUGUUGGCUGUGCCACCACAAAUGAGGAUUUACGACGAUGGUGUCUCCAAACUAGUGAUUACAAAUGGACUUUGCCGUUGAACGUGAUUAUGGUAGAAAUCACCUUCGGUGGAAGCAAUGCCCCGAUUUGCCACGGAGCCGGAUACAAGACAAAGACGCUGAGUGAUUUGGUCUACGAGAUUGAGUACGUGGAUGCCAAUGCCAAGGUUCAGACAAUCAAUCGCAAGGAUGGAAAUGGAACUCUCAUUCAGGCUGCAAGUGGCUGCUUUGGGUUGCUUGGUGUCGUUACCCGCUUGACACUUGUUCUUGACAAGAUGACAGUCGCGUUGAUGAAGCCUGAGAAGGUUCCUGUUGUUCAGGCUAUCCCUCCACCUACUGAUAUGGUUGACAAGCUUCCAGAUGAGCUUAAGAAAUCCUAUGACGGAUAUACUCCAGAGGAGAUCGACAAGUUUGUUCGGGAAUUUGAAAGACGCGCCUUCAAUGACUACUAUGCAGAAUGGUUUUGGUUCCCAUUCCAUAAACAGGUUUGGAUCAACACAUGGGACCUAGAUACUACAAGAGCCAAACCCAGUGACUAUCCGUCCAAGGAUGAGAUAGGCAAACAGAUUACUCAGAGUUUUAUUCUCGAGAUGUUGCAGGAAACCCUUCGCAAGGAAAGAAAAGUGGAACCGGUAGAUGCAACCAAAUUAAUCUCUGACCAAGCGAUGGAAACAUUGCCUCCGAAUGAGGAUACCAGCACCAUCUUGACCUGGCUCCCUAAUGCUCUUCAUUUCCGGCGAGGAAUUCAAAAUUGUCGGGUUCGGGAUCUUGAGGUUGAAAUACCCAUUCCUACCAAAGAAAACCUCGAAAUCGUUCGGAAGGCUUGGUGGCAGGCAAUCCUGGUCACGUAUGAAACCAAGGCGACAUGUCCUAUGCGAAUGCCCCUUGAGAUGCGCAUCACUGCCGAUAGUGAUGUGUUGAUGGCGCCGCAGCGUGGCAACAUUCACGGAACCUGUGCUAUUGAAGUUUUGACUCCUCGUUUCAUGGAAAGUGAAUGGAAAGGAUUCGCCCAGUUAGUACUUGAUCAGUGGAUGACCCUCAGAAAAUGGAAUGGGCAAAAUCUUAACAUCAGACCCCACUGGGCCAAAGAGUGGCAGCAAUACAAAGUUGAUGGCAAGCCUUGGCCGCAGUAUCUGAAAGAGACAAGCUUCAAAAAGGAGAUUGAUCUAUUCAAAACUGCCCUCACCACUAUCGGGGAAAAUCAGGGAUGGACUUUACAGAACAUUCAGGAUAUGUUCUCGAACGAAGUUUUUGACAAUUUGAUUUUCCAAUAA